AUGGACGCGCACCGAGGCGGCGGCGGCAGCGCGCCCCCGGUCGGUCAGCAAGUGGUGCACGUCCGCGGCGACUCCCAGAGCGAGCUGGAUGCCCUUUUCAGUGCGGUCAUGAACCCCGGCAAGGCCGCCCAGCAGCCCGCAUCGGUGCCCAUGAGGUUGCGAAAGCUGCCCGACUCCUUCUUCAAACCGCCGGACCCUCGCACGCACUCCAGACAGGCUAGUUCGGACGGCGGUGUGUGUGCAUCCCUCACCCCUCACCACGUGCGUGCCCACUCCUCACCGGCCUCUCUGCCAGUCAACAUGCCUGAUGCGGUGGUUGCAGCUGCUGCGGCGGCAGCCACAGCGGCAGCUACCGCGCCUUUCAUACCAGACGAUGUGCCGCUUCCGCACGGCUGGGAGAUGGCCAAGACGCCCGCUGGGCAACGUUACUUCCUCAACCACCUGGACAAGACCACCACCUGGCACGACCCCCGCCUGACACAGCUCCAAUCGACCGCCCAGCCGCACCCCGGUCCGUCCCCCGCUCACGCUCACUCUCUCAGUAACCCGGCUCCCACCACCGCCACACCUCCCAGCAGUAAUCCAGAUGCAGGUGGGCUGCCUGAUGGCUGGGAGCGGGCCACCACCGCCGAGGGGGACGUGUACUACGUCGAUCACAUAAAUAAGAGCACCACGUGGCUCCACCCGCGUCUAGGCCUGUUGAGUUUGGUCAUGCAGCAGCGCAAGGAGAAAGAGAGACAGCGAUGCAAGCAACACAUGCAACUCAACACGCAGGACACAAUCGGUGGAGGAAGGAACCAGAUGCCCGCUGCUAUGGAUCAUGAUAGAAACACACUUGCUCCACCAGUGGAUGUCCGGAUCCGAGCUCCCACCCACGAACCCACUCUCAACGGUGGCGCUCACUCGCGCAACGAGAGCACCGACAGCGGCCUGAGUGUCAGCAGUCUGCCGCGCUCGUCCGAACUGGCGCUGGCCUCUUUGGACCACAUGGACACAGGUGAGUGUGGAGAGUCGUCGACUUUACAGGACUCCCUGCCGACGAUGAGCGAGGGUGAGGAGCUGAUGCCCUGCAUCCCGGAAGGUCUGAGUUCGGACCUCCUGAUGGACAUGGAGACCGUCCUGUCUGGCUCACACAUGGACAGGGACAGCCUGCUCACCUGGCUAUAG